CAAGGAUCAAAAUGGCUGUCAGUGGUGAGCCUCGAAACGUGUUCCUGACCCGGGGCUAUGGGCUUAUGGCACGAGCAAGGAAAGAAGAAAGUUAAGGAGUAUCAGCUAAGAAAGGACACAGUUCUUAUCAGGGGCAGCUAUGGUAACUACAAGGAAGUUAACACUCCUUUUCUAGUAUGAUUUAAUAAACUUAGUUAACCCUUUUGAUGUGCACUCUCAAUCUCCCGGACUAUUGCUUGACUUUCCUUCUGGUCUCCUAUGAAACAUAAACACAAUCGCAUCCUUCAACAACAUUGACGAGGAGUUACUUAAUACCUGUGGUCGUCUUAUUUUUGAGAGUAUUAAAACGAAUGAUGAUUAGCUCAAAAACCUAUCAUUCCAGUUACUCAUGUAUGCCAACUUAAAGAAAUAUUGUUUCAAAUUAUUGGUUUGGAUCCCCUGCCCUCUCCCCUUCCAGUCCAUUCACUUAUACAUGUAAAUCUAUUAGUUGUUUGGAUACUCUUUUUAAAGACUCCGAUCUCUAGCACAUGGUAUUACUCAUAUCACUUGGUAUCUCGAGAAAGAAUAUCAACAAAAUGAGGUUCAAGAGACCCUUACAAUGUUAGAGAGUGCCUAUCAGAACUUCACCACUCACUAUAAAGAGGACUACUGCAAGUGUCAUCAGCUUUUGGGAUUAUUGGUUUUAUCAGAUUUCUUGAAGGCUAUUUCAUCAUUCUUGUCACCAAACGAAAACCGCAAGUUAUUAUCAUUACCAUGACAACAGGCUCCUCCCCACACAGUGUUACUAAUAUUGAUGGUCAUAUAUUGUAUAAGAUUGAAGACACUGCCAUGCACUGUCUGUCAGCUCCUAAUGGUAGACCAGCUCAUCCUGACGAAUCAAAAUAUGUUACAAUAUUUCAAAAUGUUGAUUUUUUGUCCAGUUCUUAUUUCAGUUGCAGUAUAAUGUAUUCUUAUGACGUACACAUAACUCAUCACUCUCUUCAGUUCCAAAGAUGACUUCAGAGGGUCCUAUACCUCCUUCCUUUCUUAGGUUCAUAUGGAAUGAGAACUUACAGGAGAACCUUGAGAGCUUUGUACAGUCAAGUCGGAUACUGCAAUAUGUGGAUUCAUGUCACAAAUCAUUAUUGGCCAUGUACAUGUCUAAGAGAAGAUCUCCUGUAUGGAAGUAUUUUACAGCGGCAGAGGAAGACAGCGAAGCUGUUUGUAGCAUUUGCCAGACUAGAGCACCUUGAGGAGGACAGUCAGUGAAGUCAUUUUCACCCAGUAACCCACUUGAGAAAGCAUCCUGAAAAAUAUUGCAAGUAUGGCGAAGAUAAGGCAGCAUCGAGUGAUGUAACAAAGGCUAAGGAACCACAAAAGAAGCAGAUGACGAUUCAAGAAAGCAAUGACCUAAGUAAGAUGCUAUAGGGAAGUGGAUGGAGGAAGGGAGUGUUGAUCUAACUGUUACUCGUGUUAAUAUGCUUGAUGCUCCUGGAGCUGGUAAAACCUGUUCACAGCUCCUCCUACUGAAUGAAGACCCACCCACUAAUGACACUAGUACACCCAUUGCCUGCCCUGCAGUUAGGGCUACAACAGUUGCCGUUUGCGAUAAAACAAUUUGGAAUUGAGUUACUCGAGCCAAUUUACUUGACCAGUCAGUAGCGGAUUUGGAUGCAGUUUCAAAGGAAAAGAAAACAAAAGAGCCUCCCCUGCCUGUAGUCUUCUCAUUGCCAAAUAUUACUCAACCAGCAACAGAAAUACCACCAGAUCCAUCUCCCACUCCACAGAAGAAGCCUGAUCAAGCAGUUUUAUCAGAGACAAAAGUUAUCAAAGAAGACAAAGAGUAUCAUACCGAAGCAGUCGUUCAGGAAAUUUUAGCCACUCAACCAAAAGAGAUUCAUAAAAGUGAUCAUUGGCUGUACAUUAUUGAUUCCGGUGGUCAGCCAGCAUACCAGGAGUUACUGCCUUUAUUCACUAGAGCAGCUUCUCUCAAUAUCAUAACACUGGACCUUUCAAUGAGAGAUUUGACCUGAUGUACAGGAUCGAUGGACAAUACUUUUCAUGCCACUCCAAGUCAACUCAGUUAGCAUUCUUCCAGUCCUCAGUUUCGAAUGGAGCUAGUUUUAAGCCUCUUGAUAUUUCCUGCAUCUCCAAGAAACCGACGCACUCCAUGCAUCUUGUAUUGGGAACGCAUUAUGACAAAGUAAGCAUUGCUACUCUAAAAGAAAAGGAAGAGAUUCUAAAGUCUUCGAUAUCUUUGUUGGAAUCUUACUUGCAAAAUUGCAUUAUUCAUCAAUCUGAUGAUGAUUCUAUCAUAUUUCCUAUCAACAUGAUUGCUGCAUCAGAUGAAAGAGCUAAAUACAGUGAAGAGAUUUGCAAGGCAAUAUGGUUAGAUGGUUCUGAUGCUUCACUCAAAAUUAGGCUACCAAUUUGAUGGUUUGCAUUUGAGCUGUCUUUGCCCGAGCAGAGUAUUCUAUCAGUUAAGGAAGCUUUAUCUAUUGGAGAAAGAUACGGGACAAAUGAGGAAGACACUAAACAAGCUUUGAGAUAUAUCCAUGACGUCAGUCUCAUGUUAUAUUGUCCAGAUAUUAUGAAAGCUGUAUUUAUCGAUUCUAUGCCAAUCCUUGAGAUUCUCUCACAAUUAUUAGCUCUUACAUACGUCGCUGAUAAAAAUGCCCGAUCAUUAAUAUUAAUUAACCCAGUUUCUUGAACCGUUGCUAAUAAUCUCCAGGAAGGAUUUUUCAAUGAAGAUAUUUUUGAGCAUUUGAAGUCAAAGUCUGUCAUAUUUUCCUUGCCAGAGUUCCAGUUGUGUGACCUAAUCAGACUCCUCCUUCAUCUUAACAUCAUCACCAAACUAGAAGAUGAGUCAAAGGGACACUACUUCAUUCCUUAUGCUCUUCCUUCAUACAAUGAACCUGUUUCAAUUAAGGAGACUAAUGCUAAGCCACUUCUUAUAGUCUGGAGGGAAGAGAAGAGUGAAGAGAUCCUGCCAGUUCCUACAGGAUCGUUCCCUUUAACUAUCAUACACCUACUCAACCAGAAAGAAUGCAUUACUAAAAUUUCUCCCUUGACGCCAGAGUAUUACAAAUUUCGAGAUGCCAUGUCUCUCAAGAUUACCUUCAAAAGGAAGGAGGACACACUUCACCUCAUCAACCGUUACACUCAUAUUGAAGUAUACUUUACUGGUCCUACCCAAUACUUUCCAUUAGUACGUAAGCUACUCACAACAGCUAUUGAUAAUAGCAGUGAUGCCAUGCACCUCAAGCAUAAUUACAUCAAUGCAUUUGCUUGCCCUACAAAGAAGAAUAGCUGCUACUGUGUUGUUAGAUCCAGUGAAGAUGGUAAUAUUGUCAAUUGUACAGUUUGUUCUGUGUCAGCUACUAUUACUAGUGAUCAUUGGUACUGGUUUGAAUCUGGACCAGUUGAGAGUAACAAUGGAACACAAAUAAAGCAAGUUAAUCAUCAGUCAUCAGAUAAAAACAUUUUGGACAAGGAGCCUAAAUUAAAGGACCUCCAUAGGCUUUUUGAUAGUUCUGCUGCUCAUUUUUUAACUAUUGGUACUGCACUUGAUGUUGAAGUGGAUGACUUGUCUCAUAGUGAAAAGUCAACCUCUGAUAAGCUACGGGCAGUUUUCAAGAGAUGGAUAGACUCCAAUGAAGGAGUGACCUGGAGGAAUGCUCUUCAAGUUUGUGAAGAUUAUCCUAAAAAAUUUGGAAAAGUAAAGGCUGGUGUUGACAAAUUUCUUGAAUCAGAUAGAGCUCUUAAAGAAUAUUUAAAAUCAAUAUUUUUGUCCUUUCAUCCUUUAUAAUUGCUGGUUAUAAUGCAUUGCGGCAUCUGCUAUUAUUAUUAUUUUUGUUAUUUCAAUUGCUCAAAAAAUGAUUUUUGUCUCUUUUUAUAUUAA